AUUUGUUUUUUCAAAAAAUAAAAAAUAAAGAGAUAGAGGGUGAAGAAUUUGCUUAAACGUCUCUUUCUUUCUUGCUUUCUUUCAUCUGUCCUCUCUUCUCUCUCAUUCUUUGCUUCUUCUUAGUACAGAAGAGAAGAGAGAAGAGAGAAAAGAAAGCAUAUCCGUCCAAGCAAAGCAAAAAAAGAAAAACAUUUGUGAUAAUUUCUGGGUUUCUGUUUGUGCUUGAACGGGUUUCUUAUUGCGUUUGUUUUGUUGUUGAAUUUGAAGUGAAGAAGAUGAUGGUAGCUAACAGCUUCGAUCUAUGGCAAAAAGAUGCUUUCUUUUCGGCUGCAGAGGAGGUUCAGGAAUCUGCUGAUGUAAUGGAAUCAGCAUAUAGAAUGUGGACAAGAGAGAAGAGAGAGGGAUCAAAACCAGAGGAUUUGGAUCAACUCUCCAGAGAGCUCCAAACUGCUUUAGGCACCGCCAAAUGGCAGUUGGAGGAGUUUGAGAGGGCUGUUCAGUUGAGCCAUGGACAUUGUUCUGAUGAUUUCACCGCAUCUAGGCAUAAGCAAUUUGUCACUGCUAUUGAAAGUCAAAUAUCUCUUGUUGAAGCAGCUCUAAGGGAGGCUUUUAGUGGGGAAGGAAAGCAACCUUUUCGAUGGGUGAAUCUAGAUAAAGAAGAAUGUGAUGAUUUAGCCAUGUUUCUAUCUGGAACCAUCCAAAUUCCAGAGAAUGUGAAAGAUGAUUGCACCACGGCCAAAUCUCCCAUGAAAGGUUCUCCUGGAGAGAACCCUCAUAAGAGAAAAAAAGUGGACCAUAACUCUGGGCCCACCUGUAGUAGAGGUACUUCUGAUGAAAAUGAAUUCAUUACUGAUAAUAAAAAUGGAGAAUUUAUUAUAGAUAUACAAGAGAAAGAAAAUCUUGGAAUGAGGGAUGACAUAAUCAGUCAAGUUGAUAAAACAACUGGUUCAAGGAGAACAUGGAGUUCGCCAAAUUUUGGUUCUAUGAAAUUCGUGGUUUCUCGUGAUGACAAACAAAGGGACAAAAUGAAGUCAAGUGUUGAGGCCACUCCUAAAGAAAAAGGGUACGAACCUAUCUUCUGGAAGCGAAGGUGUGGAGAACAUUCUCGGGCAAAGGGAUCAAUUACUUUGUUCAAUCAGCUCUCUGGUCAGACUGGUGGUUUCCAAAGGCAAUGGCAAACCCCACUGCACCUGCAGUUCAGCUGUUCCAUCCAACUUACUCUUGCUUUAAUGCUCAGCAUUUUCUUAAUUGUGCCUUUUCUAGUUUAUUCAGCUUGAGAAGUAGUAUUACACUGCUCAUUAUUGAGGUGAAAGUUGAUUUUGGUGGCUUAACAUUUGGGUGACAAGAUUUCGAUUGAACGCACUUCUGACAGAUAUUUCCCUUUGCUAAAUGGUUAUAACAUAGUGAUGAUCUCCAUUUCUAUGAACUGCAAGAUUGAAAGGAUCCAAUAUGCAGGUGUACUGAAUUUCUUUCUGAAGUGUAGACAGCAAGCACUGAGGAGGAAGAUAACAGUUGUCAAUAUCUUCCCUAUUGUUUUAGAAAUUCAGGGUCCGGCUAAUCUACCUCUCCACGAAACAGGAGUAGAAGCAGCAGCAGGGGUGGAUUGUCAUUUUAAAGAUUCCAUAGCCACAUAAAUUGUAUAUGUAUUCAUUUAGUCUCAAAUUGUGCUUCGAAGAAAGAAUAUUUGGUACUACACAAAUCCAAAUUAUAUGUAAACUGAAUUUAUCACUGGGAGGAUUGCCGGUCAUGACAUGUUUGAGGGACCAAAA